AUGGCUAAUGAAUUUAAUGUUGAGGAUCUCUAUAAAACAGAUUAUGAUGAAGUCGAUGGCAGUAUAAUAUCAAAAAUAAGAAGAAAAAGGGGAGUUAGAGUAACUGGAAAAUACCUACCUCCACUCGAAUGGGAGAAGUAUGAUACAUCACCUUCUAGAAGAUACUUGAGAUGGUCGCAUUUUGAUAAAGAUAUUGAUACUGAUACAGAGAACAACAAAGAUGCACAUAAUCAAAGAAAAGAAGAAAAACAUACUAUGGACAAGCAGGUGGAAUCUCUACAAACCAAUACUAGCCAGAUAUGUCUUGAAAAAACAGAAGAUGCAAAAGGAAUUAGUAAAUAUAAUUUUGGGAAAAUAAAUGAUAAAUUAUUCCUGUUUGGACCAGCAAUACCCAAGGAAACUUUGGAAGAACUAAAAAGCAUCUCCACAGAAAGACCAUUAUUAAGUUCUGAUAAAUGUAAUAUUAAGUACAGUCCAGUUAUAACAGAAAUAAAACUGCCUCAGUCUUAUGACAUGAGGACUGAGAAGGCAGGCUUAACCUUUGAAACAUUUACGCCCACUGUGCAAAAAAGCAGCCAAAAUAUGUCCAUUAAAAAUCCUGACAAAAAAUCACUUUGUGAGCCUAUAGCUGAUCAUAAGUCAAGAGAACUGCAAAAAGCAGAGCAAGUAAAACAAUCGUUUGAUGGAAACCAGUCACAAAUACAGGACAAAUCUAGCACUGCUGCUGGAAAGCAACUGAACCACAUAAUCCCUGAUAUUUAUGGUCGCAGGCCUACUGGUAGUAAAGACCUGCAUUGCGGCCGGAUGAAAAUACCAGGACCUCUUUAUAUAAAUUCCAAUAUUGAAAUGAUCAAACAGCAGAUUGCUCGAGAAGACAUACAUUUUAUACGAUUUGAAGUUGCAGACCUUCAUGGGUUUCCAAGAUCUAAAAUAAUUCCUGAGCGCUUUUUCCAUGAGAAAGCAGUCAGUGGUAUUCACGUGUCGAGAAGUUAUCUAGAACCAAACAUGAAUCCAAUAGACUCUGAAGCAGACCAUAAAAAGGCAAUAUACUUUAACAGUGAUAUUGUGUUGAAACCAGACCUAUCAACAUUCAGAGUUCUACCAUGGGCAGAAAAAACUGGAAAAGUAAUUUGUGAUGCAUAUACCAUUAUGGGAGACUCACUACUAACCUAUCCAAGAUAUCUAGCAAAACAGUUGCUAAUGCAACUUCAAGAAAGUGGUUUUUCUCUCCAUGCUUCUUUCAAUUAUGAAUUUUGUAUUUUUGGAGUUGCUGAAACAGUGGAUUCUAAGAAAGUUGUAUUCCCUGCUGCAACACUAGUGACCGACAAUGACCAGUUGUUUCUCCAAGAACUUUUUGAUGGAAUGUAUUAUAUAGGUGGAAACAUUGAAAGCUUUUGUUCAUCCAGUACACCUGGGCAGAUGGAGAUAUCCUUUCAGCCUGAGUAUGGCCUGACUGCCGCUGAUAAUGCUUUUACCUUUAGAGCUGCUUUAAAAGAGGUAGCUAAGAAGUAUGGGUACAUUUCUAGUUUUUGUAAUGAUGUAGGUGGGAUUUAUAACUCUGGGGUUUUCUCACAUAGCUUGUGGGAUUCAAGCGGAACAAAAAAUUUGUUUAUUGAUGGAAACCAAAUUCAGGAACUCACAGAUAUUGGCAGAAAAUGGCUUUCUGGUUUACUUUUCCAUUCAGCAGCUCUCAGUUGUUUAGUGGCCCCUGGUGUCAGCUGUCGCAAGCAUUUUGCAAAAGGCGCUAAGGAUCCACAGGAAAGUAUAGGUGCUACUUAUGGAUUUAAUGAUAACAGCUGUUCAUACAAUGUCAAAUGCCAUUGUUCCAGCGGUACCUACAUAGAGAACAAGCUAUGUUCUGCCGCAGCAAAUCCUUAUCUAGUUCUUGCAGCUACAGUUGCAGCAGGUUUGGAUGGGAUUAGGCGAGGCCUUGAUCUCUUUAUUGACACCAACCGCAAAUUUUCUCCACACCAAUUUAAAAUGCACUCAGUUCCAAUGAAAAUGGAAGAUGCUCUUUCUGCUCUGAAGGAGGAUAGAUAUAUAAGGGCAGCAUUGGGAGAUGUGUUUAUACACUAUUUCAUUGCAGUGAAACAACAUGAACUGGAAACAGAAGAAAUGGAUACAGAGAGGAACAAAUUUCUAGAGUAUUUCAUCUAGACUAUAACAAUUUCAAUUAUACUUACAGUAUAAACAUACAAUGUAAUGCGUAUACAGCAAAUUAGUAUUACAAGUGCAUCAUCUGCUUUAUUUGUUUCAAGCCUGCUCCUUUCAGAC